AUGGUUAACCAACCGACAGUGAAACUCCUCGAGGCUAGCAUCAGCGACCUCAAACAAUUACUGGACAAUCGAACCAUUACAAGUGUCGAGCUCGUAGCUCUUUACCUCCAUCGAGUCGGCAAAUAUGACUGUAGAGGUCCACGUCUCAACUCGAUUUGUCAAAUCAACCCGAACGUUUUCGCUGAAGCUCAAGCCUCUGACGAUUAUCGUGCCUCGGGAAGGCAGCCUCGACCUCUAGAAGGUAUUCCAUUCACGGUCAAAGACAGCUACAAGGUCAAGGGCAUGACGGUAGCUGCUGCUUCACCUGCCUUUGCUGACCUCCAAGCAACGUCUGAUGCCGCCAUUGUCGAGCUCCUUCGCAACGCUGGAGCUGUAGUUCUUGGCAAGACUAAUAUGCCGCCUAUGGCUGACGGAGGUUGCCAGCGUGGACUGUAUGGUCGCUCGGAGAGCCCGUAUAACCAAAAGUACAUGUGCACUGCUUAUGCCUCUGGUUCGUCUUAUGGCUGUGGUGUAUCUACCGCAGCAAGCUUGGCUGCUUUUGGUUUUGCUGGAGAAGCUGUCACCUCAGGUCGCUCGCCAGCAUCGAACAAUGCACUGGUGGCAUAUGCUCCGUCCCGCAGUAUGAUACCUCCACGGGGGCUAUGGCCUUUGUAUCCGACUUGCGAUCAAGUCGUCCCUCACACAAGGACCAUGAUGGAUCUGUUUCACGUGCUCAACGUUGUUGUCGCUGAUGACAAGAAGGCCGAGGACGCUGACUUCUGGCGCUCGCAACCAUUUGUGCCACUACCAAAGGUCGGCGAGGUACGACCAGUUGACUAUCUCACGCUCGCAAAUCCAAAUGCACUCCAAGGCCGGCGACUAGCUGUCCCUCGAUGCUUCAUCGGAGUUGAAGGUGCCAAACCGGACAACGCUUGCUCUCCCGGUGUUAAUGCUCUUUGGGAAAGAGCGCGCGCAGACCUUGAAGAACUGGGCGCCACUGUGAUCGAGACAGAUUUCCCGCUGUUUGAGAAUUACACCAGACAAGACUUUCCUGGACAGAGCAUGAACAUCCCUAACCUAUCUCAAGAGUGGGCGGCACUCGAACGCUGUGAAAUGAUUGCAUUGAGUUGGGACGACUUCCUUCGAAGCAAUGGCGACAAGGGUAUCCCGGACUUCUUGUCUGUCGAACUCGACAAGAUUCAUCCUCACAUUGCUCCGAUGGAUGAUCCAUCGCAGCACACCGAAUCUCAGAAUCAAGUCCGCUACGAAGAUAUGGUCGCUGCGGUAAAGAACCGUGGAGACAGCCGCCUCGUCGAUCUGCCGGGAUGUAAGAAUGCGCUUCAGGCUCUGGAAGCCAUGCGAAAGAAAGACUUGGAAGAUUGGAUGACUGAGAACAAUUACGACGCCCUCGUGUUUCCAACAAAUGGCGAUAUUGCGUUGGCUGAUGCGGAUGAAACCUACGAGUCGAUGAUCUCUGCGCUACGUGAUGGAGUCAAGUAUGCGAAUGGUGGUAGGUCACUAAAGCAUCUUGGAGUUCCAUGUAUCACUGUUCCCAUGGGAAACCUUGCAAAUGAGAAGAUGCCUGUCGGCCUCUCCUUCUGCGGCAAGGCAUAUGACGAUUCCACGCUAAUGAGCUAUGCCUACGCCUAUGAAACAGUCUCCAGACGUCGGGAGAUUCCACCUCUGGCACCGCUUCUGCCGACAGACGAGAUUAUGGUUGCUGACACCAAGGCUCUAUCUCCUAGUAUGGAAAGGCCAGUUCUAAGGAUUACGUCGACAAAAGCUGUGGAAGAGGAUGGACCUGAUUUUGAUGUUCGUUUAGUGGAAGUCAAAGGAACGUGCAACUUAGGAGUCUCAACUGGAGAUGCAACCAGCUUGGAGAUCUUUGCUAAUGGUGAAGCAAUUUGUCCUGUAAGCUGGGAGGGAAACAACUGGGUAUGGACCGCUCGUCUCACUCGGCCGAAGGUCAACGAUAGGUACCCGACUCUAGCAAAGGUCCCAAGAGAUCAAUUUCUCGUGGUGUUGAUUGUGAAGGCUGAUAAUGGGCGUUCUGCUGGUUAUUUCAUGUUGAUUGAUUAA